ACCUUUGCCGCACUCUUGGCUACGAAAGUGUGUUUCCGAUGGCGCCAUGGAGCGGGCAGUUCCCCGGCGCGAUGGCGGAUCAGUCUUCAAGUCCACGGGCGCCACGGUGCUCGCCAAGACACCGGCUUUAGUGGCGAAGCCUGAGUCCGAGCUGAAAGGGCCCAGCAAAGGCCCAGCCAACAGCCCCGACGUGGCGGGCCGCGCACACGGCGCGAGCUCCUCGAGUCGGCCGGGCCUCAGAGCCGACGGACUCGUGGAGUCUCAUCCCAGUCUGCCGGGUGUUCCCUCCGUGCUGAACGACCCACUGGUGGAGCAGAUCUCGAGGCACCUCGAGGACUCCGAGGGCUCCCGUGAUGAGUCCCGGGGCCAGCGGCCCAAGCGGAGGAGCUCGGAGCCGGUGUCGGAUGAUGAUGACCUAGAAGCCUUGCUCAAAGGACUAGACGAUGAGCCGAGCCCUGCAGCACCUGCAGCUACCGCGACACCCGCCGUGGACUCGCCACCUGCAGGGCGGCAAGCGCGUGGGGGGCCUGGCCUUACGCGCGAAGACAGCCACAAAGUGGCUGUGGCAAAGGAAGCCUCCGAGAGCUGCACCAGCUGUGGCAAAUGCUUUGAGGCUGGCCAGAACAUCUAUGAAAGUUCUUUGAGUGGGAAGCGGGAGACCCUGUGCAGCACCUGUUGGGCAAAGGUGGCGCCUCAUUGUGUCGUUUGCGGGGAGGUGAUUAGUGGGACGAUGGCCAAGGUGGGCGAGGACGCCUACCAUCAAAACUGCUUGAAAUGCACACAAUGCCACAAGCCCAUUGAGGGACGACUCAGCAAAAUGGAAUGUGGUUUAGCCUGCGGUGCUUGCGCGGACGAGAUUGAUCGUGAAAUUCAGGAGCUUCAGUCUUUGCUGGCCCAACAUGACGAGACCGGGGCCGCACUCCUGAUUGGUGCGCUCAAGGUGAGAGGAAUAAACCCACCCGAAAUGAAGCCGCAAGACUUGGGUCAAUGCAGCGCCUGCCAGCGGAGCUUCAAGGCCGGACAGCAGAUCUAUGAGAGUCCGGAGGAUAAAAGGACUCUGUGCGAGGCGUGCUAUUUGUCGGCCGCGCCCAAGUGCGCCGCCUGUUUGAUGCCUGUCGUGGGCACUGUGGCACGGGUGGGUGAGAGCGCAUAUCAUCCUGAGUGCUUGGUAUGCAGUGGCUGCAGGCAGAAGAUCACCGGCGCCUUCGUGAAGUCCGACGCAGGCUUUCUGUGCUCUGAGUGCCGCCAGUCUGCCACCUGAGGUGGCGGAGGAGGAAACUCAGAUAACAAGCUUGCCUCCAGCAGGAAACUGGGAGGUGUCUUUGGGUUGAGAGGCGGUGUUGUUCAUGCUCAUGCUCCUUUGACUAGAUUGUGAAGCAGGCCUUUUGAGGAAGAAGUGCCUCCCCAACAGCACAUGUGG